GUGCGUCCUUUGCGUGUGACGUCAGAGCGUCAGCUGGCCGAGUGUUUACAUCCAGCAGUUGUGUUUGUGACGGACCCUCCUCUUGCUCCUCUUCCUCCUGUGUGCACCAGCAGCAGCUGAGAGGAGAAGCAGCGCAGACAGACAACACCUCCUCUCCUCAGUCAGGAUGGGUGGAGCUGUGAGUGCCGGCGAGGACAACGAUGACCUGAUUGACAACCUGAAGGAGGCUUAUUACAUCCGCUCAGACCUGGUGGAGCGAGCUUUUCGAGCCAUCGAUCGGGCGGACUAUUACCUGGAAGAAUACCGGGACAACGCUUAUAAGGACUUGGCAUGGCGCCAUGGAAACAUCCACCUGUCGGCUCCGUGUAUCUACUCUGAGGUGAUGGAGGCUCUGGAUCUGCACCCCGGCCUGUCCUUCCUCAACCUGGGCAGUGGGACUGGCUACCUCAGCACCAUGGUUGGCCUCAUUCUGGGACCUUUUGGGGUGAACCACGGCAUCGAGCUGCACGCAGAUGUGAUCGAGUACGCUUACCAGAAGCUCGACUCCUUCAUCAAAACCAGCGAUAGCUUUGACAAGUUUGAGUUCUGUGAGCCAUCCUUUGUUGUGGGCAACUGUUUGGAGAUUCCUCCAGAGAGCCGUCAGUAUGACAGGGUGUACUGCGGUGCUGGGGUGCAGAAGGAGCACGAGGAUUACAUGAAGAACCUGCUAAAGUUAGGGGGCAUCCUGGUGAUGCCUCUUGAGGAAAAGUUGACCAAGAUCACUCGUACAGGGGCGAACAGCUGGGAGACCAAGAAGAUCAUCUCUGUGUCCUUUGCUCCUCUGGUGCUCCCUAAACACAGCACAAAUGGCAAACCCAAGACUGUCCCCCUGCCCAGGUAUGAGGUACGGACGUUACAGGAGCUGGCUCGUAUCUGCAUCCGCCACACCCUCAGAGUGACCACAGACGGAGGAGACAACCAGUCACGUGGCCAGGGCUCCUCUUUCAGCGUGGGUCGGGGUCUGGCAGUAGCUGGACUCCAUAAGUACGGCCCUCGAUUCAAGCGCCGGCGCGUCCACCGGCGCCACUGCAACAUCCAGGUGGUCACUCCCCUGGACAGCAACAACAACCAGGGAGGGAGAGUGGCAGACGAGGAGGAGGGGGCGGGGGAGAGGGAGGCCAGGCGGCAGACGAGAGGGAGCAGGAGGGGGUUGAGAGGAGCGGUGGCGGAAGAAGAGGAGACGGUCGUGGAGGAAGACGAGGAGGAGCAGGAGGAAGAGGAGGAGGAGGAGAAGGAAACUGGGGAGCUCCUGCGACCCCAGCCAGUCGUGAACAUCCUUAGGGAGAGGAUACUGGGCCUGCCACUGCCCGAGCCUCUGAAGAUGUACCUGCUGUUCUAUAGAGAGAAAUGAGCCACAGAUCUGGAGUCCAGAGAACCACCCAGCAGGAGCUGAAGCCUCUGUUACAGCCCCUGCCCCGCCUGCACAAGGCAGGACAACAUGCCCCCUACCCUACUGAAACCUAGCCCCACCAUGGGUCUCUCUCUCUUUCACCUGUCUCCAUCAUCCAUUUUCUGUCCCUGUUUCCGCUCUGCCUCCCGCUGUUCGUUACCUCAAUUAGUACACCUUAAAGAGUCAGUUACUUUCUCCGGGGGAGGGGUGCGGGGAGGCUAUGCUAAUCUGGGAAUAGAAAUGAAAUAGGAAAUAAGUACGUACACGGUUUUCUGAAUUAGCUCUGCAGCUCUUUGUAACUCAUUUAGUGAAAUCAAUCACUGCCUGACAGCAGCUCGACAGCCCACAGCAGCCUGAGUGUCCUCUGCUUAUAAGAGGGGAAGCCAGUGGUGCAGAGAGGGAGCUCCAUAAUUGUCUACAGUAUCGGAACAGACAUUGCUACAGAGUUCAAACACUGCAGCAACAGACAGACAGAGCAGCUAAGAGGGCUCAGGGCUUCACUAGAGGGAACUCCAGCUGUCCCCCGAGCUGGAUGUCAAUUGUACAAGGUGUGUGGAAGCUGCUUUGUCCACAGGAGGAGGUGCUGUAAUCUCAACUAAUGGGUCUUGGUGUCAUUUCUGAACAGAAAAAUGUAGAGUAGUGUAAGGCUCAAGUUUUGUGGGCUAAGAAAUUGUGCAUUCAAAGUUUGGAGGAUGUGAAAAGUGAUUUUUGUCUUUUGACUUUAUUGAAGCUGCAGCUCGUGACCACGAUGGCAGUUGUGAUUAUUUCCGGUGAUUUCAAAGCAAAAAGAGGGAGCUUUACCUCGAGCCCUCUUCACUUAGAUCGUCUGCUUUUCGAAGUCGCUUCAAGCAUUUCAUGAGACCAGUAAACAUGACAGAAGUUCAGUUUUCCCUUUUUCUAUGCACGUGUUUCAUUGUACGGGCGUCCAAAUCAUUGCGUGUCUUUCUCUACAUCCCACUGUGUUCUCUGAAACCUGAGAGAAUAACCAGAAAAGAGUGCUUACUCACUUAUAUUCCAAUCUACAUACAGUAAAUAAACCAGCAUGACGAUUACACAAUAAUUGUUUUCGAUGAUGACAGUGUCCAAGUUUUCUCUCACUGUGCUCACCCAUUUUUCUUUUUUUUGUAAAAUCUUGAUUUUUGAAUUUUUGGGACUUGAAGUGUCGUGUACAUUUUGUAAAUGUGUGUAUGUUUUGUUCUGUGAAAUGCGAAAAACAUGAAAAUACUUUGACAGAUAGUACAAGUUUCAUUUAAUUAAUAUUUUCUCUCGUAGUUUAUAGUUCGAUGGGGCAUUAUUCCUUUGUACCUUUUUGCUUUUGUACAAAAGUUUCCAUUCCCUUCUGUGCCAAAAUGAGGUUGCAUGGACUAAAUUCUUGAAGAGUGAAUUCUUGAGGACACAGCAAAACAUUAGGAAGUCCUUCAUUUGAAGAGAGAAGCUGACAGUUUGCUGGCGUCUUAUCAUUUCUAAAAACUGCUCCACCACCAUUCAAACAACCUUUUCAUGUUCUUGCGAAGCAUCAGAUUUCUCCCAUUUAAAAGUUUGUAUGCUUGUUGAAUAGCAGAGUGAUCUUUGCAGCCUGUUAUCAUUAACAUGUGGAUGUGACAGGAGGGAUUUGAAAUACAUGCAGCUGUAUAUCCCUAAAAAAAAUCCAACACUGACUGAAUGGGAGGAUUGAGUCCAGAAACAGGCCUGAGAGUAACAUCAUGCUUCACUGCUGCUGGGGCGUGUAUUUAAACCAUUCCCUUAUCAACAUUGGUACCAUUAAUGUUUGGUUGUUGUGCAGUUGUAUUUCUUUGCUGAAUGUAAACGAUCAUGAUAUUUUUGGCACUAAACAAGGUUUUGGUGCAAAUGGCUUGUUUUUAAGACUGAGCUGUAUGAUUGAGCUGAUAAUAAACUCCAUUAUAUAAAAGAA